GCCCCGGCGGCGGCGGCCGGUCCCGCUGCGCCGCGCCCGGCAUGGCGGCGCCCGCAGCCCCGCCACGGGGGCCCGCAGCCGGCGGCCGAGCGCCCAGGGCCGGCGGCGGCCGGAUCAUGUAGAAGAGCAGAUUUAAUGUGAAGAUGGGACUGUUGGUGUUUAUGCGUAACCUGCUGCUAGCCCUCUGCCUCUUUCUGGUACUGGGAUUUCUGUACUAUUCUGCUUGGAAGUUGCACCUUCUCAGAUGGGAGGAUUCGAAUUCAGUGGUUCUUUCCUUUGACUCCGUUGGACAUACAGUAGGCUCAGGAAGGAGAGAGAGAAAAACUGUGGCUAUUGUGCUUCCGCUGUCCAUCCCAUCUCACCUUGCUGCAGACCCAGGAAAAGACAGAGCCCAGAAAGAACCCAAAGAAACAAUGGCAGCUCCAGGCCCAGCCAUUCCUAAGUAUGACAAACUGGGCUUUCUCCUGAACCUGGACUCAAAAUUGCCUCCAGAAUUGGCAUCAAAGUAUGCAAAUUUCUCCGAGGGAGUGUGCAAGCCGGGUUAUGCAUCAGCGCUCAUGACUGUCAUCUUUCCAAAGUUCUCAAAGCCGGCACCAAUGUUCUUGGAUGAUUCCUUCAGGAAAUGGGCACGUAUCAGGGACUUUGUACCCCCUUUUGGAAUUAAAGGACAAGAUAAUCUGAUCAAAGCCAUCCUGUCAGCAACCAAAGAUUACCGUCUAACUCCAGCUCUUGACAGCCUCAGCUGCCGACGAUGUAUUAUUGUGGGAAAUGGUGGAGUACUUGCAAAUAAGUCGUUGGGGUUAAAGAUUGAUGACUACGAUGUUGUUAUCAGGCUGAACUCGGCGCCGGUGAAGGGCUUUGAAAAAGAUGUGGGUGGCAAGACAACUCUCCGGAUCACGUAUCCUGAAGGUGCAAUCCAGAAAAUGGAGCAGUACGAGAAGGAUUCCCUGUUUGUUCUAGCGGGAUUCAAAUGGCAGGAUUUCAAGUGGCUGAAAUACAUUGUUUACAAGGAGAAAGUGAGUGCCUCUGAUGGCUUUUGGAAGUCAGUGGCAACCCGUGUCCCAAGAGAACCUCAUGAGAUACGUAUCCUGAAUCCCUUCUUCAUCCAGGAGGCAGCUUUCAGCUUCAUUGGACUGCCUUUCAACAAUGGCUUGAUGGGCAGAGGGAACAUCCCCACCUUGGGAAGCGUAGCAAUAACCAUGGCGCUGCACAACUGUGAUGAGGUGGCGGUAGCUGGGUUUGGCUAUGACAUGAGUUCACCCAAUGCACCGCUGCACUACUAUGAGAACAUCAAGAUGUCUGCCAUCAAAGAGUCCUGGACGCACAACAUCCAGCGGGAAAAGGAGUUCCUGCGGAAGCUGGUGAAAGCCCGAGUCAUUACUGACCUAACCAGUGGGAUCUGAGUGGCUGCAGCCACUGCCUCCAAGGGAGGAGACGGAAGACGCUGCAGCUCUGGGAGCAGGCAUGGCAGCCCCCCAGCAAGAAUCCCACCUCACUGAAAACACACAGAAAUGCCCAGAUGCUCUGGGAAGACCCCCUCGCAUAUCCAAUCUGCAGGAGGGUUGCAUCUGCUUCCUCCAGGCAUAGAGCUGGCAGGAGGUGGGGAAGGGGCUGAGUGGGCCGUUCUUGAACUCUUCUUCGCAGAUGGAUCUGCUGUGUCCUGAAUUAAACAGGAAAGACUCAGGAGAGAGAAGAAAGGUUUGUGAAUAAAACAAUUUGUGCCAAAUGGGAGGUGAUGCUGCUCCGAGGCAGCAAUGCCUGAAUGUACAAAGUAUUAUUUUUUAAAAGAAACUCUGCCGGAAUCAUACUAGAAAUACCAAGGUGCAAGGCAAGGUCUGCUUGUUCACAGCCCUGCAAAAAGCCUGGUCUCUCCGUGCUUCAUCUGCUUUGUCACCAGCCUCAGACCUUUCCCCAGGAAAACAAAUCCGUCCAAAACAUCAGUGUCAUUAGUGCUGCUAUAAUUUGAAGGGAGAAUAAUGUCUUUCCCUUGUUCUCCACUUGGAGCUUCUGGAUGGAGAUGAGUAUGGGUUUGUUUUUCUGCACUUUUCCUUGCUUCCCACAUAGAGGCGGCAGCAGCAGCAGCAGCCGCUUACUUGGCUGUGUUUUCCAUAGCCUUGCUCUGCCUCUGCCCUGACCCUAGGGUGGAGCAAGGAGCCAGUGGCUUUCUCCGCCUGCAGCAGGCUCUCCGCACCUUCCUGCUUGCCACAGCUCUGAGGAACCUGCCUCAUUGUGCUCCAGGCUUUUGGGCCUCUUGGUUUGUGCCUGCUGUGCAGGGCCCCCAUGGAGUCCAUGCAAAUUUGUGCCACUGUUUCUGGACAGCAUCUCGCUUAUUUUUGUGUGGGAGAGCAGUAACUUACUCUUUGGAAGGAGGUCAGAUCUUGCACGGAAAUGUGAUGCUUUACAGUUUGAGAACAGGCUGCCGAAGAUGUUUGUUUUAUGGUUCAGACUUGAUCAUGUUCUUUAUUUAAGCAAUGUGUGACCUCAGUGAUGAUGGAGCCUGCUGGCCCUCUGCUCAGCCUCUGCUCACUUCAUCUCCAAGCUCCUCCUGUGCUGCUCUAGCACUGCUGCUCCUCCUGCUCUCAGGAGCACACCCCUUUCUUUGCUGUCUUGGUCCCAAGAUGCAGUAUUUGCACAUUUGAUUUGUAUACGUACUUCAGAGGAGCUGGAAUAAACUGAGUAAUGUGGCUGAGUCUGAGGAUAGUGGGGUGGUCUCAUCCACCUGGAAAGCAUGGACAGAAGGGGGAUUGCCAGAGGAAUGCCUACACGUGGAAAUUGGUUCCCAAGCUCUCCUAGCCUGGCUCAGACUGGUCUGUGCCUGUGAGCACUGUCCUGAGCUGAGCCCCUGUGUGUCGAGGCUUCAGCAUGCACCCAGUCAGUGCUGGGGUCAGAGGAGGGAGGUUGUUGUAGGGGUGCCAGCUGGGCUCAUGGUGCUGACACUGCACCUGAUGUAGUCCAAGGAUUGCAGUGUACGUUGCUCUGAGCUGAAGGGAGAACAUAGCCCUAACAUGGACAACGGAUGUUCAGAGCAAGGCUUGUGGGCCCCUGGGCUGCCUCUGCUCCCACUGGUUUGCAGGGAGCUAUGGCUCCAGCACCAAGAACCCAGAGGGAACAUGCAGGAGGGGCAGGCAGUGACCCAGGCAAGGGACAGAGGAGCAGACUGGCUGGAAUGAUUUGAGACCAGGCUGCAGGCAGAGGCAGCUCUCAGGACAUGGUGCUGGGUGCUGCCCACAGACUGGUGUGCAGUGUGCCCCUCAGGAGCCCCUCCUGUGUAGUGCACCCAUAGCCAACAAACUCAGGGGCAAGUCCUGUCCAGCUUCUGGUCAUGGCUGCUGCUUGCUUUGUAGUCUUGAGAGCAGCUCAAAGAUUCUGCCUCUUCCAGGCUGCAGAAGGCAGAUGCUGGGAGGCUUUCCCUUCCCUUUCCCCUCCUAUAUCCCUUCCCCUGUUGCUCUGGCCUCCCAGCCUGGUGGUCCCUGCUCCCUCCAGUACACACCUGCCCUGGCAGCACCUCCCACCAGGAUGCUCUGUAAGGUUUCCAGCAGGUUUUAGGGCAUGUGUUGUGGCAGAUAUUAAUUUGCAUAUUCUCACCCAAUUUGUUUUUCCUGCUCAAGGAGCCCAGGGGCCUGGAUUUCCAUUCCUCUUGCCAGGCAGCACUCCUUUUGCAGUUCCUGUUUGUAAGCCUGGACCUGGGACUGUAGAGUGCCUGCCUCAGUGGUUAUGUAGGUGCCUGGUGGGGACCUGGCCAAGGUUGUGGCUGGGAAAGGGUGGGUACCCACCCUCUGCCUUGUUGCUUGAACUGGGUCUUUAACCAGCUGCUGCAGGAGGCCUGGGGCAGUUGAGGGGGUGAUGGGCUGCAUCCAUAUGCUACAGUGAGCUGAGAUGCCAGAGUGGGUGACUGCAGCCAGGAGAAGAAGGAGGGGUGAAGAGCCUUUGGUGUCCUGGGGCAGUGUGCGGCGCUGGGUUUCGCUCAGGGAUGCUGCUCCUUUGGCUGCCUCCCUGCCUGCACCUGCAGCCACCUCCCGCCCUCCCAAACACGGCAGUCCUGCCAGCUCCCGGCGUGCAGGUCAGAGUAGGGUCAGUGGGACGGAUGUGAGUCUUGGCCUCUCCCUCACAGUGACUCACCUUUAGCUUGGAAGGGAGAGCCCAGGGGAAUUCUCCACAGCCUAAAUAUAGAGCAGGGUUGCCUGGUGCCUCAGACGUGCUGCAGUGCAGAAAGGCCACUGGGGUGGCAGGGAACCUGCCGAGAGAGAGGCUGGGGAAGCACAGGGAGGUCGAGGAGCCAGCUCCUGCAGCAGGGCUUUGCUCCAGCUGAUGCAGAGGGCAGGUCUGGGGAGCUGCAGGCCAGCCAGCACAUGCUGUUCCAGGGGAGAGGGGCUUCCAGGGACCUGCUGCUGCGCUGACCAUACCACAAACAGAGAUGGCUGGUGUACUUGUGGGGUACAGCCCUCCCCACUCCCCUGCCACCCUGGCAUCAGGCUCUCCCCACCAGCUCACCUGUUAGGGCCAGCCAUGUUGUGGCCUCAUGUUCACAUGUGCCAAAUGGAGGCACCACAGCCAGGGAGCACGAGGCACCAGCAGGAUCCUCUGCUGCCCAGCAUCCCUCAGCCCAGCAUCCCUAGGCUUCCACCAUCUUUUCCUGGAAGGGCGCAGCAGGGAGACCCUGCCCUGGCAUUGCAGCUUCACCCCUCAGUGCGGGCACUGCUGGGAGAGGGGAAGGUGUCAGGACAGGGCUGUCUGUCUGUCUCUAUCAAACAGGGGCAGGCAGGCUGGGGACAGGCAGCACCAGGGGACUGGCAAGGGCUUCCAGGCUGCCUGGCAGAGAGGCAACCACCAUGCUGGGCUCCACCAGCACAGCGCGUACCAUCAGUCCAAGUCUGCGUCACACACAGUAUUAGAGAUGUGUCCUUUGGUGCAGGUGACACAGGCCACUACCCAGCCCCUCUGGGCACUGGCUUCUCACACAGCCUGCUCAGGGACUCUCUCCAAAGGCCAGUGCGCUCACUGGUACUGUACCAAGCUGAGAUGUCAGAACUCAAUGAGUUUUUAAAAUUAGUUUUAGUUUCUGCAAUUUUUUUUUUUAUUUCCCCUCUAGGCAGGGAGGGCAAGAAAGAGUCUUGCAGGCUCCUCCAAGCCAGCUUAUGUCACAUCAAUUCAGUCAUAUCACAGAAGCAAUAAAGCUAUCAAACAAG